AUGUGGGACUGCUUGGAUCCUGUGAAGGGAGGUGUACCUGUGUUUUUUGGUGGUUGCAAUAAAAGUCUUGAGGCACUGGAUGACAUGUAUUACUUAUACACAGAGACGUUUGUAUGGAAACAUGCUACAUCAUCAGGCAACCCACCAUCUCCACGUGAUAGCCAUACUUGUUCAUCUUGGAAGAACAAAAUAAUUGUGAUUGGUGGUGAAGAUGGGCAUGAUUACUAUUUAUCCGAUGUCCAUAUCCUUGAUGCAGAUACUCUAAUGUGGAGGGAGCUGAACACUUCAGGCCAGCUUUUGCCACCCCGAGCUGGUCAUUCAACUGUUGCUUUUGGGAAGAAUUUAUUUGUUUUUGGGGGAUUCACAGAUGCCCAAAAUCUAUACAAUGACCUCCACAUGCUUGAUGUUGGUGAUGGGCCUUCUGCUAGAUUUUCUGUUGCUGGGGACUGCUUGGAUCCUGUGAAGGGAGGUGUACCUGUGUUUUUUGGUGGUUGCAAUAAAAGUCUUGAGGCACUGGAUGACAUGUAUUACUUAUACACAGGUUAA